AUGGCUUUCAGGCAGUCGGAGGACGAUGCACAAGAAGGUGCAACGCCGGUGACAAUGCAUCACGCCAACGUAGCCAAGAUCAUCCCUUCGCUGCCCCUGGAGAUCAGGUGGCCACCGUUCCGGCUCCGCCAUUACGCUGGCUUCUGGGGUGCCAGAGGGAAUGAGUUUGAUGCGCUUCCUCCCCCCCGUGUGCUGGCUACGCACCUUCCCUACUCCCUGCUACCCAACAGCAUCACAGGUGAGCACUCAGGGUGCCGGAUCGUAUACAUCUGCCGGGAACCCAAGGAUGCUCUGGUUUCUUACUGGUUGUUCACGAGGAAGGCGUCGCCGGCGUGGGGAGUUGAUGCGCAGUCAUUCACGAUCCAGGAGGCAUUCGAGCUAUUCUGCCAAGGCCGCUGUCCUGAUGGCCCCCAAUGGCAGCAUGUCCUCCAGUACUGGGAGGAGAGCGUGAGGAGACCAGACAGCAGGGUGUUGUUCCUUAGGUACGAGGAGAUGCUCCUUGCGCCGGAGAGUCACGUCAAGAAGCUAGCAAGGUUCAUGGGCUGUGAAUUUUCCAAGGAGGAGGAGGAGGGCGGGGUUGUGAGCGCCAUCGUGGAGCUGUGUAGCCUGGCCAAGCUGAGGGACAUGGAGGUGAACAGAAAUGGAAGCACUAGGAUGGGGAUCAAGAACGAAAGCUUCUUCAGGAUGGGAGUUGCUGGGGACUGGAGCAAUCACAUGACGCCGGAGAUGGCGCAGAGGCUAGACAAGAUUGUCGAGGAUGCAUUGCAAGGGACUGGAUUCACCUUUGCGAGCACAGCAUGA